CAUUCUCUUCUCUUGUCCACUGUUUUUUUUUCGUUGUAUCUCUCUCGAAAACAUUCACAUAGACUUGGUUUUUGUUUAAUGGAGGUUCAAACACCCUUCUUCUUCGUUCCCUUUGUUUAAAACAGUGGUACAUCUUGAUGAUCAACAAAAUGAGGAUAUGAUUGAUCAUUCUGAACAGUUGAUUAGUAUGAAAAACAGUAAAUCGAUUUUUGUAAUUGUUGAGGGAGAAAAAAGAAAAAAAGGGCCAUGUGAGUUUGCCCCUCAAUAUUUGUAGCUGUAAAGCUAAAUAUGAAUUGAUCAUCAUGAGUAAAUCCUUCAAACCCACCACAUUCCUUCACUCUGUAAUCUCAAACCCUUCAACCUUACAUUCAAAUAGAAAAUGGGUUUCAAAAAUAUCAAGAAACGGAUUUACAGAGCUGCCAAAUUGGCCUAAGGAAAGUGUCUCAUUAUUGUUCACUGAUGACCCGCGGGUUCGAACAAAACCAAGUUAUGAAUUCGCUUUAGUUUCAGCUCUUAAGUUCUGUUCAUCCCAUUAUUCGAUAUCACAAGGAGAACAGAUUCAUUCUUUAGUAUUGAAAUCUGGGUUGGUCUCAAAUAUAUAUAUUCAGAAUAGUUUGAUUAAUAUAUAUGUAAAGUGUGGUAGAAUUGAUGAUGCAAUGUGUUUAUUUGGUUCAUGUUCGGUUUUGGAUACUGCUUCAUGGAAUAUAUUGAUAUCUGGGUAUGUAAAGCUUUGUAGAUUAGAUAAUGCUUGCAGAUUGUUUGAAGAAAUGCCGAAUAAAGAUUGUGUAUCUUUUACCACAAUGGUCAUGGGUUUAGCUCAAAAUGAUAGAUUUUAUGAUGCUUUAGAGGUUUUCAAGGAAAUGAGACUUGUGGGAGUGAAGCCAAAUGAGGUUACGUUGGCGAGUGUAAUCUCGAGUUAUUCGCGUCUAGAUGGGAUUUGUAAUGGAAGUAUGGUUCAUGCAUUAGCCCUUAAAGCUGGGCUUGAAGGUUUUAUCCUUGUUUCCACUAACUUGAUUCAUAUUUAUUCAGUUGAUUCCAGAUUAGAUGAUGCAAAAGGGAUCUUUAAUGACAUGCGAGAACGCAAUCUUAUUACUUGGAAUGUGAUGCUGAAUGGGUUUUCAAAAGCUGGGUAUGUUGAUGCUGCCAGAGAUCUUUUUGAGAAAUUUCCUGGAAAAGAUUUGGUUUCUUGGAGUACGAUGAUUGGUGCAUUUGUGAGAAAAGAUAGGUUAGAUGAUGCUUUGGUAACAUUACGAGAGAUGGUGUGUUAUGGUUUCAGACCCAACGAGGUCUUGACUGUGGAUUUGGUUUCUGCCUGUGGACGUUUGAUGAAUAUUAACGGAGGUCAGCAGUUGCAUUGUAUAAGCAUAAAGAUUGGCUUGGAUUGCUAUGUGUUCAUGCAAGCAACAAUAAUCCAUUUCUAUGCAGCUUGUAAGAAGAUGGAACUAGCUCAUUUGCAGUUUGAAUUAGGGUGUAAAGAAAAUAUCUCGUCAUGGAAUGCUCUUAUUGCUGGUUUUCUUACAAAUGGCAUGGUUGAUUUAGCAAGUAAAGCAUUCAAUUCAAUGCCAAACAGAGAUGUCGUUUCGUGGAGCACUAUAAUUUCAGCUUACGCUCAAAAUGAGCAAUCUGAAUUAGCAUUUGAACGCUUUCAAGAAAUGCUGACUAGUGGAGUUCAACCUAACGAAAUCACUAUGGUAAGCAUUCUCUCUGCCAUUGCUCAGUUGGGUUCAUUAAAACAUGGAAAAUGGGUUCAUGAUUACAUACUUGAUAAAUCCAUUCCUUUGAACGAUAAUUUAACCGCGGGACUAAUUGAUAUGUAUGCCAAGUGUGGGAGCAUUAAGGAAGCCCUAGAGCUGUUCAAUCAAGAACGAAACAGGGCAAAGUCAGUUUCACCAUGGAACGCAAUUAUCUUUGGGGCAGCUGUGCAUGGGAACCCUGAAACGUCGCUUAGAAUAUUCUCGGAUCUGGAAAAUACCCACUUAAAACCUAAUUCAGUCACAUUCUUAGGUGUGCUGACUGCAUGUUGCCAUGCCGGAUUGGUUGAGCAAGGGGAGAGCUAUUUUAAGUGUAUGAAGCAAUUUUACAACAUCGAUCCAAAUAUUAAGCACUAUGGGUGUUUCCUCGAUCUUUUAGGCAGAGCCGGGCGGUUAGAAGAGGCCGAGAGAACGAUAGCAAGUAUGCCAAUGAAGGCUGAUGUCGUGAUAUGGGGCACGUUGUUAGCUGCCUGCAAGACUCAUGGAAAUGUUGAAAUUGCAGAGAAGGCUGCAGUGAGUCUUGAGAAGUUGGAGCCAACUCAUGGUGGCGGUAGAGUUCUGCUGUCAAAUACAUAUGCAGAUGCAGGGAGGUGGGACGAAGUUUUCUUAGUUAGAAAUGCAAUGCUGCGCCAGGGAGUGCAGAAGGUGCCUGGCUGCAGUGAUGUUUCUUGAUGAGAUCAUGCUGUUCUAGCCCCAGAGUGCUGUACACAUCUUCUGAAUCGCUUGAUUCAGCCUGCAGGAAUUUCUUUGUUGCCAGUGAUUUAGAAUCUGGACACUUAUAAAGGUUGAGUGACAAAUAGGGUUAUCCAUUUACGACGACGUAGUCUGCUGAACAUACUGCACUGCAUCAAUUGGUAAAGCAUGUUGUAUCGUACUGUGCUUUCACUUGUUUAAAGCAACAUUCCUUUGAUAUUUGUACAGAUAAUUUUUCUUGUAAUGUUAAUAUGCAAGAGUAAACAGAUUUUAUCCAAGAGAUGAAACAUAUACUUGAGGUGCUAGUUCUUGUUUUUUAAGGUUCAGCUUUUGAUGAAACUUAAUGAGUCUGUACACCUGGUGAGGCUCAGUUUAAUUUAGCUGAUGAAGCCCAGAAUGUAAUGUGAAUAGACAACAAUUUCAACUUCCA